CGAGCAGGUUCAACCGUUCUACGGUACGCUCAUCCAUCAUGGAUCGAUGCGUGAUACACCUUUCAGAUGGUAUCUUCUGAUCGAGACGAUCAAGGGUCAAGGUAACUUAAAACAACGGGUUAUACCUGAUGCAUGAGCGGGUGUCUGAUAGCGAGCUUCUGUCUGCCAACCCAUUGAUCUCUGAUCAUGGUCAUUGGUGUCAGAACUGUAUCGCCUCGCUAUCUUUCUGAGAUUAUACCGCCUGAACUUGAUUUUCUGGAUAAUACCAGCGAAAGGAUCAUGCAUAUCGAACCUCCCUCUUGUGCCUCCAAGGCAUUGUUCUAAUCAGCAACAGAUCCACACCAUCUUAAACCUACAUCACAAUGUCUCCCCCUGCCAUGAUCUUCCAGGAGCCCGUCUCUCCUACUGUUCCUUCCAAGAAGUUGAACCUUCCUCAUGAAGCUGCAGUUCCUGUUGGAGGACAGACCAAGCCUGAAACCAUUGAAGCCAUGGCGGGUGACUGGCAGUCUUUCAACUUCCGUCCCAUCCGUGAGUCGCAGGUCAGCAGAGCCAUGACUCGUCGCUACUUCUCCGACUUGGACAAGUACGCCGAGUCCGACGUCGUCAUCAUUGGCGCCGGCUCUUGCGGUCUCAGUGCUGCAUAUUGUCUGGCUAAGGCUCGUCCUGACCUGAAGAUUGCCAUAGUCGAGGCCGGUGUCGCCCCUGGUGGUGGUGCUUGGCUCGGUGGCCAACUCUUCUCAGCCAUGGUCAUGAGAAAACCUGCUGAUGCCUUCCUCCGCGAGAUUGGUGUCGCAUAUGAGGAGGAUGGCGAUGACAGCAACUAUGUCGUUGUCAAGCACGCCGCUCUCUUCACCAGCACCCUUCUCAGCAAGGUCCUGCAGUUCCCCAACGUCAAGCUCUUCAACGCCACUGCCGUCGAGGAUCUCAUCACCCGUCCCCGUGAGGACGGCACCAUCCAGAUUGCCGGUGUCGUCACCAACUGGACUUUAGUCAGCAUGCACCACGACGACCAAUCCUGCAUGGACCCCAACACCAUCAACGCCCCCGUCAUAAUCUCCACCACCGGCCACGACGGCCCCUUCGGCGCCUUCAGCGUCAAGCGCCUCGUCAGCAUGCAAGCCAUCAAAGCCCUCGGCGGCAUGCGCGGCCUCGACAUGAACAGCGCCGAAGACGCCAUCGUCAAGGGCACCCGCGAAAUCACCCCGGGCCUCAUCGUCGGCGGUAUGGAGUUGUCCGAGGUCGACGGUGCUAACCGCAUGGGACCUACUUUUGGUGCCAUGGCGCUCAGCGGUGUCAAGGCUGCUGAGGAGGCGGUUGCUAUCUUUGAGCAGCGUCAGAAGGAGUGUGCUGCCUUUUACUAAACGUGUGGCAUGCUUUGAGAUGUGGUUCAAGCUUCGAGCUUGAAUCAAUGACACGGUCGUUACCUGUAUUGAGAAUUGAAAUGACAAAAUUACGUUGAUGUGUUGA